AUGAAUUACAUGCAGCAGCAGCAGCAGCAGCAGCAGCAGCAGCAGCAGCAGCAGCAGCAGCAGCAGCAGCAGCAGCA